AUGAAGUUGUCACGACGUUGUAUCAGAGGAAACGCAUUAUCAUCAACAGCCAACAACAACAAGAACAACAACGGAGGAGGACAGAGCGAAAUAAGAGUCAUCAACAAGAAUAAUUACGACAUGGACCAUCCGAUGUAUUCCUCUCGAAGACUGUACGAUACUCCCGACUGCCGAAACUUACUCGUCGUCGGUCCAGGCGUGUUAGGUUCCUUGGUGUGUCAAAAGUGGUUGGAGAUGUUCCCGGCGGCUAUCGUAGUCGGUCAAACGAACUCGACAAAGAAUCACGAAAGUUUAGAAAAGCUGGGAAUAACCGCGAGAACAGAGGAUACUUUCGAACAUUUUGAUCCCAAAACGUACCCGUACGUCGUGUUUUCGGCGCCACCGAGCGGUUCGGACGAUUAUCCAGGAGAAAUCAAAAAAGCGUUGGAAAAAUGGAACGGGAAGAACGAGUACUCUGGAUUCUGCUUCACGUCGUCGAGCGCGGUGUUUCCAGACAACAUCGAUUGCGACGACGAUACGGCGACGUUGAAGCUAGGCGCAAAUCCACGCGCGGAUCGAUUAUUAAACGCCGAGAAUGUGGUUUUAGAACACGAGAAUAGAAGAAAAGAAAAAGAAAAUAGUGACGACGCCGUCAAAAAAGAAAAAGAAGAAGGAAAGAAUGAAAAUUAUCAAAAUAGAGCAGCCGUGCUGCGUUUAGCCGGAUUAUACCAUUCGUUGAGAGGUGCGCACACGUACUUCAUGAAAGCAGGUACCAUCGAGUCGCGUCCAGACGCGUUGGUGAACUGCAUACACUACGAAGAUGCGGCUGAUUUAGUCGUGAAAGUAUUGCUGAGAGAGGAUGCGCAAAGAAACGUCUUUCUAGGAUGCGACGGUCACCCCAUCACUCGAGAAGACGUCGCUACUUGCGCUUUAGAAUCUGGAUGUUUUGAUAAUGAUGAUGAUGAUAGCGAGGACGGACAAAAGCAUAGCAAGCCUGAGUUUACGAAAAGUGAAGGCCCGGUUGGUCGUCGAAUGACUUGCGAAGGCACUCGGAAAGCUUUAGGUUGGGCGCCGAAGUUUACUUCGUUCCGUGACUUUUUCGAUAAGGAAACGAACAAAGGCAAGGACAGUUUCGCAGAGGAAGCGUCUCCGUUCGGCUGGAACCACUCCUCGAAGACGAGUUAA